AUGUUCUACGAAGGCACUCUACAGAGCGGUAUUGGGCAAGCUAUUCAACAGCAGAAACUAGUAGCCUGCUUUGUACGAGAUGACGGCGCAACGAGCAAGCAGUGGGAGGACGAGUGGUUGAAGAGCGGUUGGAUAUCGAACCUGCUCGCUCAGAAAGCAGUUCUCUUGCGCCUUGAAAACGGAUCGACCGAAGCUGGAUUCCUCGCCGCGUUCUGCAAGAUCGAGAGCGCACCUACCUUGGUUGUCAUACACAAUGGGCAGCUGCAGCUACAGCUUGGCAGCGAGGUUGGUCAGGAAGAGUUUGUAAACUCUGUACGGAAGGUUUUGGGGGCAGCAGCUAUCCCUGGUUCAGCGUCGACAUCAACAGCGCAGACGACCACAGCGCAUGCAGAGGAUGACUUGUAUGAAGACUCAGGGCCUACGGUGACGGUCACAACACCCGCGACGAGACCUGUCUCAUCACCAGCACCAGCACCAGCACCAGCACCAGCAUCAGCACCAGCACCAGCGGCUACCUUUGCAAGUUCCAAUGCAAAGGGGAAGCAAAGAGCCGAAACCCCUCCACAAGCUGGACUUGCAGCGUCAUCUUCUACCACAAAUUCUGCACAACAAGCUGCGCGUGCUGCACUACAAAAGAAGAAACGCGAAGAUGCAGAAGAGCUGGCCCGUAUCAAAGGACGUAUAGAGCAGGACAAAGCCGAGCGCAAAGCACAGGCAGAAGCACGAAAGGCUGAGCGCGAGCAGGAGCGGACUGCAGGGAGUCAGACACAAAGCCAGCCCCAGACUUCCACAAGAGGAUCGCAAGCAAAAGACGUACAUCUCAAUGUGCGUCUCUUUGAUGGCCGAACAAUCCGCUCUACGUUUCCGCGCACAGCGACACUUGAGAAGGAAGUGCGCAAAUGGGUGGAUGAAGAAUUCGCGAAGCUCGACUCGGACGAUGCGAAUAUCAGGAACCGCGCCCUUCCUCCAUAUUUCUUCAGACAUAUCCUCGCCCCGAAGCCAAGUCGCGAACUUUCAGCCGGCGACGAGAACCAAACACUUGGUGAUAUUGAUCUGGCGCCGAGUGCGACUUUGGUAUUGGUACCUGUCAAAGGCUACACAGAAGCAUACUCGGCAGGGGAGGACGGCGUGGUAGGAAAAGCAACAGGACUGGUCGGCAGCGCGUUUGGAUUGCUCUCGUCGACUGUUGGGUACGCUGGAAGUAUUGUGGGGUCCUUCCUCGGGACUGGGGCUGCAGCACCGCAACCAGCUCAGGGGCAGGCCGUAGGUGGCGGUCAUGGGAACGAGCGAGCAGGAAGCUCGCGAACCGAAGGGGAAGAUGCUUCAGGGAUCAGGGUAAGGACGCUUGCUGAUCAGCGUACGAGAGAACCACGGACCCAGCAGUUUUACAACGGAAACCAGUCGAAUGUUGAACCAAGACCUGACGAUCGAGGGUAA